AUGAAUGACUCUGAUUCAAAUUUUUCCUGCUACCAUCCAUCCAUUGUGGAGUAUCGUUACUUUGCUGUGACAUGGGGUAUUAUUGUGUCUUUGGUGGGGACAGUUGGCAAUGUGCUGACAGUAAUUGCAUUUGCACUAGACAAAAAGCUACAAACUCGUUUCAACCUACUCAUCAUCAAUCUGACUUUGGCUGACAUCUUGUACUGCUCCUUUCUGCAGCCUUUUUCAGUCGAUUCAUACCUCCACCUUUACUGGAGAAGUGGAGCCAACUUCUGCAGGGUCUUUGGAAUGUUGUUGUUUGUAUCCAAUUCAGUAUCCAUUCUGAACUUGUGUCUUAUUGCUGUCAGUCGUUACAUCCUGAUUACCAACAACAAACUCUUUGAUCGAAUAUUCUGCAGACUGGGCACAACUCUUAUACUGCUGUGCACAUGGGUGAUCGGGUUUGCAAGUUUUGCCCCCCUUUGGCCAGUCUUUGUCUUAGUCCCCAAGGUCUGCACCUGCAGCUUUCAUCGUAUAAAAGGCAGGCCUUACACCACCAUAUUGAUGGGAUUUUACUUUGUGGUGGGCCUAGGAUGUGUUGGAGUAUUUUACUAUCUGAUUCAUCGUAAAGUAAAAUCUGCUGCCAAGGCUCUUGACCAGUACAAACUCGGCAAUGCCAAAAAGAUAAAAUCAAAUGUUUCUGGAGCGAACUCAGGUAUGAUCGACAAGCUUCAUGAGCUAGAAGACAGUGGAGUGGACACUGCAGCUUCUAGUGAGAUCAUCUCGGAACAUCUUCCAUCCUCAAAAGCUACUGUCACCUCAAGUUCUACUGAUUAUGUCAAAUCAGUACCUGUACCACCGCCAAAAGACACUGGGUCAGAUUUCAAAAAGGUCACCCGUAUGUGUUUUGUUGUCUUCCUAUUUUUUGUUAUCAGCUAUAUUCCAUUCAUGAUGCUUAACAUUUUUGAUGCUAAAAACAAAGCACCACAAGUGCUACACAUGAUUGCUGCAAACCUGACAUGGUUGAAUAGCUGCAUCAACCCCAUACUCUAUGCAGCCAUGAAUCGCCAAUUCCGUGAUGCUUACAAAAGAGUUUUGCUCCUUGUUAUUAAUAAAUUCAGAAGAACGUAA